UUCUUCCUUUCUCUCUCAAAACUCUUUUUCGCACGGUUCUUUCUAGCUCUUCACAUAACCCCCAACACACACAUAUAUAAAUAUAUACACACAUAUAAGUUAGUGUAAAAUUCGUGGACCAGCUCUUCUCGUUCCAUUUCACUCUUCUCCUCUCUCUCUCUCUCUCUCUCUCUCUCUCUUUUCUCACCCAUUUUCUCGAUUCCCAAUCAUGGAGGACGCUAAUGUUGUGGAGGCAAAAGACGGUACCAUCUCCGUGGCGUCUGCAUUUCCCGGUCACCAAGAUGUUGUGCAGGACAGAGACCACAAAUUCUUGACACAAGCAGUGGAAGAAGCUUACAAAGGAGUUGACUGUGGAGAUGGAGGUCCAUUUGGCGCGGUCGUUGUUAGGAAUGAUGAAGUUGUAGUGAGUUGUCACAACAUGGUUUUGAGAAACACUGAUCCUACUGCCCACGCAGAAGUCGCUGCUAUAAGAGAGGCUUGCAAAAAGCUCAAUCAAAUUGAGCUCGCAGACUGUGAAAUCUAUGCAUCUUGUGAGCCAUGUCCAAUGUGCUUUGGUGCUAUCCACCUCUCAAGAAUUAAGAGGCUGGUUUAUGGAGCCAAAGCCGAAGCUGCUAUUGCGAUCGGAUUUGACGAUUUCAUUGCAGAUGCAUUGAGAGGCACUGGACAUUAUCAGAAGGCUAACAUGGAGAUCAAGAAAGCUGAUGGAACUGGUGCUGUUAUUGCUGAACAAGUGUUCGAGAAGACUAAAGCAAAGUUCACCAUGUACUGAUUUUUCUCAUUCCCCCACUUACAAAAUUGAGACUGCUUCGUCAAAGACUUCUCAUUUUAUUUCUAAGAAGGAAAAAAAAGAAAAAGAAAAAAGAACACUACCAUAAAAAGAAAAUGGGGGAUAAAUAAUUGAUUGACUAUCAUUCUCCAGCUUGUCUUUGAAAUGAAAGUGUAAAUUUCCAUUUAUCGUGCAUGUGCAGAUUUGCUUGAUCGUUUGAGAUCACUUACAUUCAAAAUAUAGUGCAAUUUAGCUUCUUAAAAGGUGGAGCGUGCAUAUAUGACUACUAUGUUGUUAGAGUUGAAUUUGGGGCGUUUUAACUAUAUAAAAACCCUUCAGCAAAGGGGAAAAAAAUUAGUACAUGAAA